GAGCCUCUUCGGGGAGGUGGAGCGGGCGGGAACCUCGGAGCGACAGGGGCCCGCUCUCUGCUCUGGCAGCAAGGCAGGGGCCUGGCGGCAACAUGCUGGGCCGGCGGUGGGGGGCUCGGGCCAGCUACAGCCCCCACCAGGCGGGCCGCCAGGGGCCCGGCAGUGCUGACGGGGACCCUGGCGUUCAGCUCACGGAGCUGCCCAGGAGAGACGGGGCCGAUGCCGUGUACCCGGGCCCCAGCCUGGAGCCACUGAGCUCCAAUGCCAAGGCCACAGGCACGCUCAAGAGGCCCACCAGCCUGAGCCGCCAUGCCAGCGCUGCUGGCUUCCCGCUGUCCGGGGCCGGUUCCUGGACGCUAGGCCGGGGCCACCGCAGCCCGCUGACAGCGGCCAGCCCCGCCGAGCCACCUGCUGAGGGACCUUGCCCGGACGCCGUGGAGGACAUCUCCCAACUCUUGGCGGACGUGGCCCGCUUCGCCGAGGGCCUAGAGAAGCUCAAGGAGUGUGUUCUGCAUGACGAGCUCCUGGAGGCCCGCCGGCCCCUGGCCCACGAGUGCCUGGGUGAGGCCCUGCGAGUGAUGCGCCAGGUCAUCGGCAAGUACCCGCUGCUGAACACCGUGGAGACGCUCACGGCCGCCGGCACCCUCAUUGCCAAGGUCAAAGCCUUCCACUACGAGUGCAACAAUGAGGCGGACAAGCAGGAGUUUGAGAAGGCCCUGGAGACCAUCGCCGUCUCCUUCAGCAGCACUGUUUCCGAGUUUCUCAUGGGUGAAGUGGACAGCAGCACCCUCCUGUCGGUGCCUCCUGGGGACCCGAGCCAGUCCAUGGAGAACCUGUACGGACAGGGGGGCGAGGGCACGCCCCCCAGCGCUGAGGACUGUGACCCGGGCUGCCUGAUGCCGGAGGAGGUGGACAAGCUGCUGCAGCGCUGUGAGGGAGGCGUGGACGCGGCCCUGAACUACGCUAAGAACAUGGCCAAGUACAUGAAGGACCUCAUUGGCUACCUGGAGAAGCGCACGACUCUGGAGAUGGACUUCGCCAAAGGCCUGCAGAAGAUCGUCCACAACUGCAGACAGAGUGUCAUGCAGGAGCCCCACAUGCCCCUCCUGUCCAUCUAUUCGCUGGCCCUGGAGCAGGACCUGGACUUUGGCCACGGCAUGGUGCAGGCGGUGGGCACGCUGCAGACCCAGACCUUCAUGCAGCCCCUGAACUUGCGGCGGCUGGAGCACGAGAAGCGCAGGAAGGAGAUCAAGGAGCUGUGGCACCGCGCGCAGAGGAAACUGCAAGAGGCAGAGUCCAACCUUCGCAAGGCCAAGCAGGGUUAUGGGCAGCGCAUUGAGGACCACGACAAGGCCCGCCACCUGGUGGCCAAGGCGGAGGAGGAUCAGGCGGGCACUGGGCCUGGGGCCGGGGGCACCGCCUCCAAGGCCCUGGACAAGCGGCGGCGCCUGGUGGAGGAGGCCAAGAACAAGGCGGAAGAAGCCAUGGCCACGUACCGCACGUGCGUGGCGGACGCCAAGACGCAGAAGCAGGAGCUGGAAGACACCAAGGUGACGGUGCUCCGGCAGAUCCAGGAGGUCAUCCGGCAGAGCGACCAGACCAUCAAGUCGGCCACCAUCUCCUACUACCAGAUGAUGCACAUGCAGACGGCGCCGCUGCCCGUGCACUUCCAGAUGCUGUGUGAGAGCAGCAAGCUGUACGACCCGGGCCAGCAGUACGCGUCCCACGUGCGCCAGCUGCAGCGGGACGACGAGCCUGACGUGGACUAUGACUUCGAGCCCCACGUCUCCGCCAGCACCUGGUCCCCGGUCAUGCGUGACCGGAAGGGCAGCUUCAACGUCCCAGAUGUGGGAGCAGAGGCCACCGGCAGCACCCCGGAGGAAGGCGGGCCCAGUGACGGGGGCCUUGCCAAGGAGCGCAGGGGUGGGCGUGGCCACCAGGUGCACAAGUCCUGGCCCAUCUCCAUCUCCGACUCCGAGGGCGGCCUGAACCCCAGCCCUGGCUCAGGAGACUUUAAGAAGUUCGAGCGCAUGUCCAGUGGUACCAUGUCAUCCAGUGAGGAGCUGGCAGACCAGGAGGGCGGUGUGGGGACUUCAGCCUUUGAGCAGGCUGACCUCAACGGCACAGCCCCCGAGCUCCCAGUGGCUGUGCCCAGUGGGCCCUUCCGCCACACGGGGCUGUCCAAGGCCGCUCGCACGCACCGGCUCCGUAAGCUGCGCUCACCGGCCAAGUGCCGGGAAUGCAACAGUUACGUCUACUUCCAGGGUGCGGAGUGUGAGGAGUGCUGCCUGGCCUGCCACAAGAAGUGUCUGGAGACCCUGGCCAUCCAGUGCGGCCACAAGAAACUUCAGGGCCGCCUGCAGCUCUUCGGCCAGGACUUCAGCCAGGCGGCCCGCGGCACCCCGGACGGCGUGCCCUUCAUCCUCAAGAAGUGCAUCUGUGAGAUCGAGCGGCGGGCACUGCGCACCAAGGGCAUCUACCGCGUAAACGGGGUGAAGACGCGCGUGGAGAAGCUGUGCCAAGCUUUCGAGAACGGCAAGGAGCUGGUGGAGCUGUCGCAGGCCUCGCCUCACGACAUCAGCAACGUCCUCAAACUCUACUUGCGCCAGGUGAGCCUGAGGGGGAUUGUGGAGGUGGAGCAGGACAACAAGAUGACCCCGGGGAACCUGGGCAUCGUCUUUGGGCCCACGCUGCUGCGGCCUCGACCCACCGAGGCCACCGUGUCCCUGUCGUCGCUGGUGGACUACCCCCAUCAGGCCCGUGUCGUGGAGACCCUCAUCACCCACUAUGGCCUGGUCUUUGAGGAGGAGCCCGAGGAGGUGGCCGGGGCCCAGGAUGGGACGGCCACCCAGCGGGCCGAGGUGCUGCUCCAGGUGCCGUACUCAGCGACCAGUGAAGGGGCUGCCUUCCCUCUGCAGGAGGAAGCUGAGGACGGGGGGCCAGACACAGCGGACCCCCGCGUCGCCUCCAAUGACUCUGACUCAGAGCUGGAAGAGGGCUCGGCUCUGCAGUCCCCAGCAGACGGGGACGCCCGGCACCGGCUCAGCCUCCUGGAGCACCAGGGUAGCGAGGCCAGCGUAGAGGAAGUCGAGGACAGUGGCGACGAGGAGCAGCUGGGGGCCUCGGCGGGGGAGGACGGUGCGUGGGAGGGGCUGUCUCAGUACAACAGCAACCACAGCAACAAUGUGGCCGCGGGCCGGCGGCCAGCCCUGCGGCCCCGCGGUGGGCAGGUCCCUGGCUGGGACCGGCGGCCAGAGUUUGUCUAGCUGGGGCUGUGGGCGGCCUGUGCCCAGCCAAGUGCCCCCAGUGCUGGCUCCUGUCCCUGGGCCUAGCUACAUCAUGCCAGGUGUCUGUGCAGAGCACCUGGCUGCCACGUCCACUUCGGGGGCCGCCUCUGGCCGCCUUUGCCACCAGCAUCCCAGAGCAUGGGCACGGCUGGCGACCAGGCUCACAGGAGCUGCCGUGGGGCCGUGUGGACAGGGGACCCCCUAAGUGCCCCCUGCCCGUGGAAGGCCCCUUGGACAGCCGGCCGGGCGGCAGGGCCAGGUUUGGACACCUAUGGGCUAGGUGCACGGUGGGGUCCCCUUGGCACGUGCCUCUAUUCUGCUUAAAAUAAAGCUGUUCCUCUG